AUGAAUAUCGAUCAAAUAUUAUCAACAAAUCGUGAAUAUAAUCGAUUAAACAGUAAUCGUCGAAAUAGUAAAUAUCAGCAAACAUCAUAUAAAGAUCAGAAAAAAUAUCUUAACAAACAAAAAGGAAAAUAUUCUCAAAAAGAAAAUAUUCUAUUGGAUUUAUCGGAAAAAAUUCCUCAAUAUGAUUUAACUAAUUUUAUUAAUUAUUCAAAUAUUGACAAAUCUAAUGAAGUAAAUAGAUUAAUUGGUCGAUAUGAUAUUAAAAAUCAAUUGUAUCCAACAAGUAUAAUUAAUAAAAGUGUUAAUAAUAAAAGUUCAUAUAUAUAUGAAAAUAAAUUUGAAUAUACAAAAGAAUAUUCUCAAUAUAUUAAUAAUUUAUUAAAUCAAUAUAUAAAUGAUUAUUUAUAUGAUAAUACAAAAUGGAAAAUAAAUUGUUUAUCAUUAUGUGAAGAAAUAAAAGAUUUUUUUAAAAAAUUAACAAAAAGAUAUCGAAUAAUAGUACAAUUUUAUAUUGAACAACAUAUUGAUCAAUCAAUUAUAAUUGCAUCAAGAUCUUUAUUAGAUAAUAAAUAUGAUACUUUUUUACAAGAAUAUUUAUUUAAAAAAAAUAUUUUUAUUCUUAUUAUUAUUUUUUUUAUUUAUAAAGAAUAA